CUACUGGCGACCUUACAGUGUCGUGUUCACAGCUGUCGGUUGGUUGGGAACGUUCUGUGAUAAGAUUGGCCUUACAAAACUUAUUUUCUCAGUACCUAUGUUCUCACGUCAACAUUGAAUUCCAGACAACGCAGCCAGGGAAGUUCGGUUUUUUACGAAUUUAGUUAAAUUUGUUUGUGGCAGAGGUCAGGAACAGUCACGUUGGCAAGAGCGUGUAACAACAAAAGCAUGACGGCUGUCGGACGUAAACAAAAUCAAAAGCGUGGCUGCUUUGGAUAUGCCACUAUCGUUCUGUACUUAUCGGUGUUCAUUUUUUUGUGUUGUGUAGAUAGUGCUUUAGGCCGCUUUCCAGUAAGCCAUCAACACAAUUCGCGCUACCACGUAAAGAACGCCGUAGGGGACUGUAUUUAUGCAAAUAUGACGGAAACUGCAGACGACGGCGUACAAUUAGUGGAAGAUGAUUUUGGAACGUAUGAGGAUACAGCGACAGAUACGUCAGAAAGAGUGAGAAGAUUUACCUUAACUAACAGUAAUGGCAUGUCUGUUCAAAUAAUCACAUAUGGUGCUACUAUUACAUCUCUUAAAGUUCCCGACAAGACUGGAAAUGUCGAGGAUGUAGUGUUAGGUUUUGACAAUUUAGACGGCUAUAGACAGUCGCAGAAUCCUUAUUUUGGUGCCACAGUCGGUCGUGUUGCCAAUAGAAUUGCAAACGGUACAUUUCAGAUUGGAAACCAGACGUAUGUGCUGAAUAAAAAUGAAAAUGGAAAGAACAGCUUGCACGGCGGUCUCGUUGGAUUUGACAAAGUCCUUUGGGAAUCUCAUGUACAUGGCAAGAAGGUGACAAUGAGUUAUUUAAGCAAAGAUGGGGAAGAAGGCUACCCUGGAGAACUGCUGGCACAAGUCACUUACCAUCUGACCCAAGACAAUGUAUUAGUAAUUGAGGUUAAAGCUACAUCAACAAAGCCAACACCUGUUAACAUCAUCAACCAUUCUUACUUCAAUCUUGCCGGACAUUCUGCCGGUGUAAGUGGGAUAAAUGAACACAUUGUUUCCAUUAAUGCAAACAAGUACACUCCAGUUGAUUCUGACCUGAUUCCAACAGGUGAGAUUGUAAAUGUUGGUGGCACUCUUCUGGACUUGAGAAUACCACGUCGUCUGGGAGAUGGUCUUCCUCAAGUUUCUGGCGGGUAUGACAACAAUCUGUGUGUCAACCAGGCCAGUGUUUGCGGGAUGACAUUUGUUGCAAGGGUUGUGCAUCCAGAUUCUGGCCGUGUUUUGGAAGUCCAUUCUGAUCAGCCUGGAGUGCAGUUUUACACAGCAGGUGGGCUUCCAGAAGAAGGAACAACUGAUCCAAAUACAGUAAUAAUUGGAAAAGGUGGCGCACAGUACAACAAGUAUGGUGCACUCUGCCUUGAGACACAGAAUUAUCCAGAUGCUGUGAACCAUAAAAACUUCCCAAAUAGUAUACUGAAUCCUGGACGCAGAUACUCGCACACAAUGGUGUACCAGUUCAGCACUGCAUAAGACUGUAAAGAAACUUAAACAAAAGAAUCAAAGUAUAGCAGGAAGAGUAGUUGAAAGGCAAAAAAUGAGCUGCAUCUGCAGUAGUUCUCAGACUGCUGUAAUGUGUUAAAAAGUAUAGGACAUAGGUGAAUUGGGUUUGGAAUCACAUUUUAAUAAUGUAAGACAUUGCAAAAGACAAAUUUUACAUGUUUAUACUGCGUUUAUAUUCACUUUGUGUCCUGUUUAUAUGAACUGAUUCUUAUAAGACUGUCCUGACAUUUCGACCUCUGUAUUUUCUCAGGUUUGUGGUAAUCUGUUUUACGUGUACAUGCACAAUCAGUAUAAAAUAGUGUUAAAUAUUA